AUGUUUGGUCUGAAAUACAGCGUGUGGACACUGGGGUCGCUACUUUUUGCAUCCACAGCAACAGCUAAGACAACAUACUCGACUAGGUCGGGUGUUUUACCGUGGGUGGACGUCGAUACGCCCUCCAGCGCUCAUACGUACACGUCAUCUCGUGGAGACACCUGGGCAUUGACAAUGAGCGACGAGUUCAACAGCGAAGGCCGCAAUUUUGAGGCUGGUGACGAUCACUUGUGGACAGCAAUUGAGCUCGCUGACGGUGUGAAUUCAGCGCUGGAAGUCUACUCAACCAACAUGACCGGCACCCAGUGCGAUAGCGAUGGCACCUGCUACUUCUACAUCAACACGACGGAUGAAAUCAUCGAGAAGACCGUUUGGAACAACUACAUCUCACCUCCAGGAUACGAGACCGUGCACUUUUACUACAGAUCAGGUAUGGUUCAGAGUUGGAACAAGUUCUGCUUCCAAGGCGGUAUGAUCGAGGUGCGCGCUCGACUUCCCGGUGCUGUAUCGAACGCAUCAGGUAACCCGGAUGUGGAGACUGGUUCGACAACAGUUCGUGCCGCUAACAUCGACUACUAUCCAACAUGGCCGGGUAUCUGGCUCAUGGGUAACCUCGGUCGUGCGCUGUUCACGGGAUCCACCGCUCGUAUGUGGCCGUUCACAUACAACGAGUGCAAUAACACCGUUUUCGACUCACAGAACCAGCGGAUCAGUGCCUGCGACGAUGAUCCUGGUCAUGGUUUGAACGCGAAUCAAGGCCGCGGGGCUCCCGAGAUUGAUAUCCUUGAAGGUGGCGGUACUGCUAUAUCAUCGUCGAUACAGGUCGGUCCCGGUAUGCCGGAGGAUUUCCGAAUGAUUGAGGACACAGCGUCUUCCUACUGUUUCUAUACCUAUGAGUGCACCACAAAAGGCGCGAAUAACAUUGACGUCCCGACGGCCUACUACAAGAACCUUCGUGGCCAUAAAUCAUGGUAUCAGGGGCUUCGCUACGGCGCCAACAACUUGUGCGACGUAAAGAGUUCCGAUGUUCAGAGCUACGCGGCGAUCAACGCGUCGUUGACCAAAGGUAUCACGGAAAACGCGUGUACGAUGGACUUGUGUUCAGCUUCUUACGAUGUGAACGGCGACUUGGGAUUCAAAGAUAACAGUACGGUGCACUGGGGAAUUAACACGAACGGUACUUGCUUUCCGGUACAAAAUGCCUACACUGGUGCAUACUUGUGCAAUGCCGGUAACAACGCUUCCGAAUGUACUUCCUCCAGUGGAUCCACGAGCGCAGGGUCUGAGUUUGCCUACCAAAUGGACGCUAUCUCUUCGAAUUGGGAAGUGCACAUGGCGGCGUACUUGGAUUGGGUCACGUACAGUGUUGAGUGGGUCAUGGGCGACUCUGGGUACGUCCGCUGGGAAGUAGAAGGCCAAGUUAUCUUUGAGAUUCCGGCAGAAGCGCUCACGAAUCCACCACAAGACACGGCGCAGAUGAACCCGAAGAAGAUUAUGGUUGAGGAGCCCAUGUAUCUCAUUUUUAACGUGGCAUUGUCGAGUUCUUGGGGCUCUAAACCACCCAACGCCGGCUCGGGAAGCUGCCGCGGCGAUGGCUCGAGCUCAACCAGCAAUUCUAUUUGCGACGCGUUCCCCAUGUACAUGAAGAUCGACUACAUCCGUCUGUACCAGGAUACGUCUGAAAACACCGACAUGGCGAUCGGAUGCGAUCCAUCGUCUCAUCCAACGAAGCAGUGGAUCGAGGAUCACAUUGACGAUUACACUGACACGGAUAACCCGUACACUGCCGUGUCGGGUAUGGCGUUCUGUAAAACAGACGACGACUGCAGCAUUGACAGCUCGGCGCUGGUCUUAACUGGUACAUGCAGUUCGAUAGGCCGCUGCGAAUGCGCUUCCGAUUCCUGGACGGGUCCUCGAUGCACGGAGCCAGCAAGUUCGAACAGCACCGACGACGAACUGUUUGGUCCGCCCAUGUAUGUUGCACUUCUGGUCGCUUCUACCGUGGCUGGAAUCACAGUCCUCGCCAUAUUCCACCGCAAGCGAGAGAACAAACGUAUUGUCGCCAAGGUGCAGGUGCAAGCAGUGAAGAAGGAGCUGAAACAGACAGCAUCUAUGAAGUCAAUGGUCGAAGUUGACCCUAGCAGGUCCGAGAAGGGGGCAUCGGUGCUGUCACUCGACGACGUCAGCACUUCCAAGAACAGAAGAGAGGACUACAGCACCAACUUUGUAUAAACUACACCAAGGAUGAUCUCCAAACUUAUUGUGCUUCGUUAAAUAGCGAGCCGUGAAAGCUUGUCUUCUACAUGCAUUGUCUAGAUCCCCCCACAGCGCGAUCGAGAAAUGUCUGAUGGCGUGUUUGAAUGCACACUUGCCAAGAUAGCGUCUCGACUGAAAUCGAUUUCGCUCGCUGUUGCAGAGCGUAAAACCGUACAGAUCGCGCGAAAUAAUGGCCUGGACAGUGAUCGAGAUAUCAAUCUACAUGACUGAUUUCUUACCAUUGCCUACAAUACAUUACUGUACGUUUAGGUGCGCCAAGAAGUUCUUGGCAAGAACGGAGUGGUCAUUUUGCGUGGUAAACUGCCAACGGG